UGCUUACAAUGGCAUGGCUCACAGUAAAUUUAAUGGACACAAAUUUCUAAAAGGUUUAUAGCUAGAGACAAUGGUCCGAGUAAACAUGGAGUAGCCGGAGAGAACCGAGAUAUAUCAUCUGAUUACACAAGUCUUACAUUGGCCUCUGAUGACAAUGUUUGUGGAUUAGGAAUUCUCUGUUUUUUUUCUCUUGAUUUUUUGAUGAUGGAUCUAACUAUGACUUCAGUAUUUCUGUUAUUGUUACCUAUUUGGACCGCGCUGGUCAGCGCCGGAGUAGAUGAUAUGUGGGAUGGAUUAAACAUAAAAUUUGGAAAGCACAGACCCUUACCAAAGCGAAAAGAAGAUGCAGAAAAAGAAAAUUAUAAAAGGCAAAAUGACAUCUGCAGAACGGACAACUACCAUGGUUUUCUGUAUCGCCUAGAGGAUGACUCCAAGUUGUUACCAAUCUACGAUUUGAAUGGCUACUUGUCUGGAAUACAAGCCAUUAUUCCCUCCGAUAUGAAAGGGUAUAACUCCUUCAAUGAGUCCAUUGAGCUUCCACCUCAUGAAAUCAUGCCACCUGUCUUAGUAGGCAAAUCAGACAUACAAACCUACACCAUUACAGCAUAUUUCAAGCAUCCCCAGUUGCUGUGUAGUCCGACCUAUCUCAGCAAUGUGCCCACAGGGAAGGGACUACAUAUCCAGACCGGAUAUGAUCCAAUAAAGCACCACGAACAAAUUCCUCUAGAAGCAAAAAACCUGUCCUCGUUAUGGAAAAAGGCCCUCUGUCUCACAACUAUGGGCACCCACUACUUUUACAAUGUAUCCAGAGACAUGCAGUGUGAGCGAUUAUACCCGGUGUUUCUGAUGUACGACAGUGAGGGACAACUGGCCGCCUUUGGGUGGAGUUUCCAGGGGGAGCCCUACGAAGGGCCUAACUCUAUCGUCUCCUGGUACCAAAUCAGACCCGAAACUUUUUAUUUUAUCUUUGAUGUGAAUCAGCUUCCACCAUGCAUGCUUAACCCAAAUUUCCGUGUGUUCGGAGUCCAUAUAUGGCUCCAGAACCACAACAAAACCAACAUGAGGUGCAACCCUCCCUCCACCCCAGCGCCACAACCGAGAACCACGGUAACCUACAAAGAGCCCCACAGUGGCAGUGGGGCAGGCCCAAAUGAAGACAAGCUGGGCUUUGAACAAAGUGAUAAAGACCAGAUAGUGAAAAAUCGGAGGUCAGACAAUAUUCAGCCUCCGCUGUCAAACAAAAAAUCGGGGACAAACUCAGCAGUCCCCAACUCCCUCAACAAGUGCUUGUUUUUAUUUGUUUUUGUUUUAAGGACAAUUUUAUCUCAAUUUAGUGUACAAAAUGUAUAACAGAUGAUCAUAUCUUGUAUAAAGUUAAUGUAAAACAAUUUUUUUUUCAUCUUUGAAAUAGUAUUUUAAACACAAGAAGGAAACUGCUCAACGUGAGGACUAGGUUACACCUGUGUUAUCAAUGUUUUGUUUAUGCUACGUACAGUUUUAGCUGAAUUUGUAAAUACAUUUUUACAGAUCCAUUUGUUUUCUCUGCCUAUGUA